AUGUCUCAUCUUUUGAUGUUUCAUCUUCCCAAACCAGAGACGAGUUUCCUUCCUCCCGCUCCAAAUCGCUCCCUCCUCAGUCCUCACCAGCAAAGCAAGGAAACGAGGAAAAAGAAGAGAACGCAGCGUACAGCAGUGAGCAAGCAAAACAAAAUGAGAUUCAACUUCGAGUUGACAGAACCAAACCUUGACUCCUCUCCUCGAAAAUCCCCAACUCCCAAAGAAGACAUCCAAUGGGUCCCACUUCAAAACCACCCGCUUUUCACUUCCUCCGCCUCCACCUCACCCGAAGGAGACGGCUCACCUCAACCACCAUCUAAUCUACUAGCUUGGGACGGCGCUUCUAGAUUAUAUUACUGGGAUUCAAACCUCCGUUGCCUCCAUCGAAUUUCAAUUCGGCUUGGCGAUCCCGAACCUUCCUCGGUCCUCGCUGCCUUACCCUCUAAGGUAUUGCAUACAGAUGUGGAGGUUAAUUUUAAGGUUAAUAAAAUUUCUAUAAAUAGAAAUGGCUCUGCUCUGCUUCUUUCCGGUGCCAAUGGUUUAUGUGUUAUGUACCUUUAUGGACGCUCUUCUGAUAAAGAUAACUCCAUCAUUUGCAGGACUGUUUCCAUUGGCUCGCAAAUUUAUUUUAAUGAGAGAAAUGUAAUACACACGCCAAAAGUUUUGUGGCAUCCUUACAGUGAUACGCAUUUAGGAAUUCUUUCUUCUGAUUUGGUUUUCAGACUGUUUGAUUUGUCUUCAGAUGUCCUGCAGCCGGAGCAGGAGUAUUAUCUACAGCCUGUUGAAUCUGGUAGAUCCAGGAAUGCUGCAUCGAUCUGUCCUGUUGAUUUUUCUUUUGGGGGCGACCACUUGUGGGACAGGUUCAGUGUUUUCCUAUUAUUCAGAGAUGGUUCAGUUUACAUCCUUUGCCCAAUUGUUCCAUUUGGAAGUGUCUACAAAUGGGAAUAUGUUUUGGAGAUAUAUAGUGAUGCUGAAACAUUUGGACCGAAAUCAGCAAACCCAGUUGCUGUUAAUAACUCGAAUAUGGCAAUCUCUUGGUUGGAGGCAACGUUUCCUGAGUUAGCCCAUGAAUCAAAGGAGGGGGGAUUAUCAACACUGAAAGCUCAUCCUUAUGCUGUAUUUGAUGCAUCACUUUGUUUGCAGGGCCCUCUACGCAAAGUAUGUCAGGGUGGGGAAGAUGAAGACUUAGCAGUUAGGGGUGCAGAAUGCGAAGGUCGUGCAGUCAGUUUUCUCUAUGAUUUAGCCAGCAAAGACUCAAUUCUGGUAACUGCCUGGAGUGGUGGGCAAUUGCAAAUAGAUGCCCUCGCUGAUGAAAUCCAGCCAGUCUGGACAGUUGGUAGUGCACCUCGUCUUCGUGUCAACUCCCACAACCAUAUUCUUGGUCUUGCAAUGCUUUGCGAAUCAAUCUUGGGUGAGCUUCCUGUUGUGAAGCUUGAUCAACCGCAUGAUCAUACUGUCUGGUUAGGUCAUCCACCACCUUUGUUGAGACUUGCAAUUGUGGACUUGGCCUUACCAAGGAAAACAGAAAGCGGGUCUCAUAUUUCAAUGUUUGUUGAUCCCCUUAUGCCUGAAAGAAUCUAUUCUGUUCAUGAUGGAGGGAUAGAUUCAAUUGUUUUGCAUUUUCUUCCAUUCACCAGUCAGUCUAGUGGCAAGGAUGAGACAGUCCGGACUCCCUCUGUGCAUCCUGUCCUUAGCACAUGCCAGGUGGAGAACUCUGCACCUUCUCCCCUUUGUGGCUUUUUAGCAUUAUCAGAUUCAUUUGGGUACUCAUGGAUUGUGGUGAUUACCUCCAACCAAGAAUGUGUUGUGCUAGAAAUGAAAACAUUGAAUUUAUUGGUGCCUGUACAUGUUGAUAUGUUGAAGACAUCUGCAAGCUCUGAAGAAUGGACAAAUAGAAAUCCUCCAGACAUCAUAAGCAAAGAACUACUUAGUGGUCCUAAGGUGGUUCUUGUUGCUCAGGGUUCACCAAAUCUUCGAUCUGUUGCUGCUGAUUCUAUUGAAGGGCGGUCAACUCUUCAUCAGUACUUAAACCUUUUCCAUGAAAACUAUGUCGAGUAUGCACAUAAGGUCUAUUUUGAACUCAAGCAUCAUGGCCCCCAGUUGAAGAGAAUCAUUGAUGACCAGCAUGCUCGAUUAGGUGAGGCACAGGAGAAGCUUUCAAAAGCAGAGAAGCAGCAGUCAGGAUUGGAGGAAAGGAUUAAUCGUGCAAUGCAGAGACACAAUCUUCUGGAACAGCGAUUGCAUUCCUUGAGGAACUUGCCUGGGGCUGAUAAGAAGCCUUUGUCUAAAGCAGAACGUGAAUUCAAGUCUGAUCUUGACCAAUUUACUGAAGUUGAAUUGGAUGCUUUGCGAACUUCCAUUGAUACACUAAGAGCAAGGCUAAGAAGGUUCACACAAUCUUCGAAAGGUGGCAUACCAAAUCAGCAAAGUAAAAUAGUGGGAAGGAACAAUGUCCUAGAUGCCCAAAUAUCGCAGCUGAAAUCAUCAAUUGCGAAACUGUCCCUUGUCAAUACUGAGAAUACAAAGAAAGUUGAAGCUCUUGAAUCUGUGUUAAAAAAUCGGGAAAGCAAUAGAUGA